CACACGUUGGUAAAGAGGCUGGUCUUGCGAUGCCUUUGAAUAUUUCACUUUUAGGCAGUUCCCCAUCAGUCAGGCUCACACAUCCGAGCCGAGCUGAAGCCAACUCCAGCCAUGGGCAGCACCAGGAGGGCUGAGAUCUGAUCGCACGCAGCAAACCCCGGGAUCUUCGGCUCAAUUCCAUCUCCAAACACGCCGGCAGGCAGCCGCGCUCGCACACACACACACAUUUACACAUCCCCGCGUCGGCAGAGCCGCUGAGCAAACACCUUGUCUCUCCUCCCCAGGAUAUACCCGCUCACACGCAUCUCCCUUGAUCUCCUCCUGGCUUCCCGGAGGAUCCUGCCGGCUGUUUUCCAUGGAGAAAGUCCAGGGAGAAAUGGAGAUUGAGAGAUGGGAAAGAAGUGAAGAGAUUUCAGACGCAGAGAAAAAGGUUAUUCAAGAGAUAUGGAGCAGAGUAUAUGCAAACUGCGAGGACGUGGGGGUCUCCAUACUCAUCAGGUUUUUUGUCAACUUCCCCUCAGCCAAGCAGUACUUCAGCCAGUUCAAGCACAUGGAGGACCCCUUGGAGAUGGAGAGGAGCUUGCAACUGCGUAAGCACGCUCAGCGGGUCAUGGGUGCCAUUAACACUGUGGUGGAGAACCUCAAUGACUCCGAAAAGGUCUCCUCUGUUCUGGCCCUCGUGGGCAAGGCCCAUGCCCUCAAGCACAAAGUGGAGCCCAUCUACUUUAAGAAACUCACCGGCGUCAUGGUGGAGGUCAUUGCUGAAGAGUACGCCAAUGACUUCACCCCGGAGGCGCACAGUGCCUGGACCAAGAUGAAGACCCUCAUCUACACGCACGUGAUGGCAGCGUACAAGGAGGUGGGCUGGGCGCAGUACCCCACCGCCACCCUGUGAGUGGCCCCCGGGCCAGGCGAGGGGCAGGGAGGGCUUCACUCACCCCAGGACUUCACUCUGGUCUCUGCUCAAGGUCUGCGCUCGGGCUGGGGAGCCCGCAAGGGCCGGCUCUGUUAGCUGCCAACUCACAAUUGGAUCUCCAGGGGGUUUAAAAACAAUCUUAAUAAGCCAAAAUAAACAAGAAUCACGAAGGGUGAGGGUGGGUCGGGGUGAAGCGGUGGCAGGGGAUGCUGGAAGGGGAUGCAGAGCACAAAGGGAGAGCGUUUGGUUGUUGCCUCUAUCUUAUUGUUGCCUCUAUCUUAUCCUGGCCUGUCCAUCACCACCUCCCAAAUCCUGCACCUCACUUGCUCCACCUCAGAGCCCCUUGCCCAAGCAGCAGUGCUGUGCAGCCCCAUUGCUGAUGAACAACAUGACCCUGGUUUUCCGUGCACAGCCCCCAGGCAAACCUGGCUCCUUGCUUUUGGGGGUGUGAUGCUUAAGGGGAGCACCGGCUGGCACUGAAAACACUUUGCUUUGCACUUUCUCUGCUCACCUGGCAGGGUGACAGGGCUGAUGGCUGCGGCCAGAGCCGCUCUCGGUGUCCCAUCACCCUGCACCAUGAGCUGGCAGCAGCCCUCGCCUCUCCCAUUAUCCAUAGUCCCUCUCCUUGCCUGGCUGCUGCAAACCCUCCUGGGGCUAGAGGGAGCAAGGGGGUGGGCAGGAUGUGCUCCUCCAUGGUUAGAGAGUGAGGAAGGAAGAAUCAUGGAAUGUUUUGGGUUGGAAGAGACUUUCAAGCUCAUCCAGCUCCAACCCCCUGCCACGGGCAGGGACACCUUCCACUAGAGCAGGUUGCUCCAAGCCCCUGUGUCCAACCUGGCCUUGAUGGGCUUGUGAGGCACACACUGUGCUGGGAGCUGGUGUCUGUAGGUCUGUCUGUCCAGCAGCCAGCAGCGGGGUGGUGCAGGGAUGAAGGGCUGGGGCAGCUCUGCCCCGCACGGUGAGAAGGGGGGGUUCAGGCUGUGAUCAGCAUGUCCCAUGAAGUGGACACAGCCGGAGUUCCUGCGCGUGAAGGAAAGUCCCUGCUCUGUUAAAAUCUGUCAAUAACUUGUUGCUUACAACAUACUCCUGCCCUCUUGGUGUAACUGGGUUCCUUCAAAUAAAGUGCCUGGUAGAAACCAGCCCAUGCAGGAGCUGUGUCCCUCCUCAGGGGCUGACAGUGCUCCAGUGCCUGCCAAAGGCCUCUUUCCCCCCACAAAAUCCAAGCUGUGGCUUCAGGGCUUGCAGCGCUCAUUCUGCUCCAGCACCGGCUGUCCCUGAAGCUGCAGGUGACUUGUCUUGGCUUCUGCCUCAGUUUCCCCUUCAGUUACAAGAAAGGGAGGAGGAGCAGCCCUGGUGCCUCUUGCACAUGUGCUUGGAUUUAUAGGAUGCCUGGCAAAGGGUUGGGGAUGAAGCAUCAGAUGUGCUGGGAAGCUUUGGCAUCCUCAUCACCCAGCACUUCUCAAAAGGUCUCUAAUGUUUUUGGAGCUCCAGCAUUAAGUGAAAUGUUCCCUAUUGAAGUGGGAAGGGGGUUCCCUUCCAAGAUUUGCUCUGGCCUCACUCCAUCACUGCCCUGGUGUUUUGCUUCCAAAUCAAGGGGCUCCUCUCCCCUCUGGCACUGCUGGGGGGGUCCCUGCUCCCAGAAAAGCUCUCGAUGGGGUUUUCCACUUCCUUCCACUGGCUGUAACAGCAGGUUCCUGCUCAGCAUCCCUGUUGGACCCCAGCCCUGCCCCUUCCAUCACUCAUGCCUAGGUGCUGGUGCAGCCCAGGGCUGCUACUCAAGGCAGCAGGAGAGGUGUGCUUGGGGGAAAUGUCAUCUCCUGUUCCUUUGGGCUCACUUAGAUACAACCAGGAGUUACUGCCAUCACCCGGUGCCCCAGUUCUGGGAAAAGGCAGGUUUGGAGAGGGCUCUAAACCUCUUGGCUUCAUUCCCCGGUACCAGGGUUAGUCCCAAAACAGCCCCAGGAUCCUACUAAUGUCACAAUAACCACUCUCUCUGGCCUUGCAGUUCUUUUCUCCUGAUGUCCCACAAUCAACCAGGUGGAGAGGAGCGAUGGAGCGUAGAGGGUUGGGUGAAAUAACUGCUCAGAGCACUGCUGUCCUUGGCAAGGUCCGGGGGUUUAGAAAAGGGGGAGGCACAGGGUGUCAAGUGAUGCUGCUCUGCUCAUGGGCUGGGCUGUCAUUUAGAGUCAGCACCCCCAAAACUCAGCCCAGCAGCCUGAACCAGUGACCAUGCCAGCAGCUGAUGCCUCUGGCUCGCGUCUGAGCAUGGUUGGCAGAGGCAUCCCUCAACCAGUAGCUGCUGCUGGGGCCAGGAUUAGACCUGUGCAGAUAGGAAAAGACCUUUUCAGUCAUUGACUUUUCUCCAGUGCAGGGCUGGAGAGCGUCUGCCUGGAGCAGGACUGGUGGGUUUAAUGGUUUUGGGGUGCAUCACAAGCUUCACUGAUCUCCGCCAAAACCUUGGGUCCAGCCACACAUCUCUUCAAUGAGUUCAUGUACUCCCCAUGCCCUGUGGAUACUGGGCCAGGAAUGUUUCUGUACAGGGAUGUCUCCUCCUCAGACAAAGCUCACAUCUCGACCUUUGAGGUUAAUAUUCUCCAGGUGGGAAUCUUAUUUUUGCAGUGCAAACCCUUCUUCUCCCUUCCCACAAUCAAAACUGGGCUCAGUCACCAUCAGUAGAGAAGUGAAUUUGGGGUGGCUGGAAAGUUUCCGUGUUCAUGCCUCACCUACCUGAGUGCCUUGGCUUUGGGGGAGCAGCAGUGAGGUCCCCCCACCUCACCUUGGAACAGGGCUUGGUUUCUUCUUGUGUUUCUAACCCCUUCCUUUGCACCCCUAGAAUAAACCACCCCAUGACCUGGUGCACCCAUGUCCGUAUGUGCUGGGCUUGGGGUUGUUUUUUCAGGCACAUCUUUCACAAGUAAAUCCAGAUGUGUGCAGCUGCUGUCCCUCGCGGAGCGCCCCCCCCCCCCCCCAGCAGCUACACUGCAGCCAAGCAAAUACAUGCAAACAAAAACAUGUUUAUUUUUACCAGCUCUGGAGGAAGUCAGAUGGAGCAGGGAGGGCAGCCAGGGCAGAGCUCGGGAGGAGAUGGAGAUAAAGCAAGCUCCCCCUCUCUAUUGCUGCCCGUGCGGAGGAGGCAUUGCUUAAAUCAGGGAAAACUCAUCUGGGAGAGAUGAAAAUGAACAGAAAAAGGAAAAAAUACCAUUCCAGAGCGACAGGGCUGAUGAAUGCCGUGUGGAGGAGCAGAAAGGGAGGCUGGGUCCUGGCUCUCCGGUGCACACGCAUGCACAUGCCUGUAGAGCUACUCCCUGUUACUGCCUGUCCUGUCACCCCCCUGCACCCCCUGCAGCCGGCUGGGGACUCCCUGACCCCCCCCCCUUCCCUCCAGGCCCUAUUGAGUGGGGCUCAGCACUUCAGCUCCUGGUGUGCUCGGGCUCAGCUUUGCUCUCUUUGGUGGUGGCAGAAUCUGGCCCCUGGCUCUGAUGCCUCUGCAUUAGCAUCAGUGCUGGGCUUGGACCCAGGGCCUGGGUGGGAAAGUCUCUGUGGCCCCUGCAGCAGAUGAGUGCUGGUGGGGGAAUUUGGGGUCUCUGGCGCAGGGUCCCCCCUGAGCACCUCUCUGGGGACACUAUAUCAACCAGCUUGUGCCCCCCCACCCUAAGGUCGCCACUGCAUUUGGUCAGAGGGAGUUCAGUUCUGGAGGGAACGGGAAGUGUGGGGUUAGGAUGAGACAUGGAUCCCAUCCACUAUGUCCCCCCUCCCUAUGGCCAACACUCAUGGCAGGUAUAGUUCCAUAUACACCCAGGCAGCUAGAGGGACACCCCAACGCCACCAGAGCUGCUUGGACAAGGAAACCUUAAGGACCUUGUGCCACCACCCUCUGUCUUCUCUUAUGGUGAGACAAAUCCCAGAGCCACAGGCUCUCCCUGGGGAAUCCUCCUGCAUCUCUGCCAGUUUGCUCCAGUUUGCCCCAGGAAAGGGGAUUCCAGCGUCUGUGGGAAGGUGCCCAGCGACUUCAGUGGGGACCAGAUUUUGUGUGGCUGGACUCUGGUGCCAGAGCUCAGCCUUCCCUGCCCUUGCCAUAGGGAAGCUGCCGUGGUGCACUGCUGCCAGUGCAAGGACUGCUGGGUGGAAGGGAACCCCAUGAGCUAACCUUGGACCAACUUACAGACAGGGAGGGACAAACCCACCCGCUGGGUCUGCCCUCUUGGACAGACACUAACUGCUUCCCAUAGCUGAAGUUGUCUCUAACUGUUAGUAUGUCUUAACCAGUCCCACCGUGACCCACAGACGUGAGCCCGGCGUGGUCCCAUGUAACUCUGUGUCUUUCCGUGACCGCUGCGGGUACUGUUCGUGUGCGUGUUCCUCAGCGCUUCCGUGCUGGUUUUGUGUACGAUGGGUGUAACUUGUUGUUCUUUUUGUAGGUUUUUAGUAUGUUUGUAACCCGACAGAAUGGUGUUAUUAAACUGAAAAUUGUAUCUUCAGUGGAUAAACCAACCAA